AUGCUGUCUCCUGCUGACUUAGCAUCAACAAGACUGGCUGUUAACAUGUAUUUGUUGAAAUCUUUAUGGAGAAUCCGAAUAAAUGGAUUUCAUCACGUGGUUACAAUUUUACGUAAUUUAUUUACUAAAGAAUUUGUAGAUAAUGUUAACUCUGGCUUAAAAAGAUUGCUAGCAAGAUUAUGGGGAGUUCGUAUGAAGGAACACUGCAUCAUUGAUACAAACGCUACAAUAGAGGUUUGCCAGAUGAUAGAUAAUUCGAGAAUUUUAGUCAAUUGCAUAGUCAAGUACCUAAAAACGAAAAAAGUUAGGAAACGACUUGCCGAUGUAUUUAGAAAUGAGGGGUCAGAUAAAUUUCUUACUGGUUCAGACGAUACUGAUGUGAAUUGGGAGUAUCAUCACAAAAUUCCGGUUGACGGAUUUGCAGCACAUAAGGAUGAAAUAGUUUAG